AGAAAAAAUGUUGGGUCGUGAGGAUGUUUUUGUAGACGUAGAAGAAGAUUUUGGAACUGCCAUGCAGCAACUUCCUAUACCUGUCAACGAACUCGAUAAAUUACCCAUGGAUUUGGACUCGGUUUAUGGUUUUGCGGAUGAAUUAAGAGAGAUCAUAGAAGAUUCCAAUUUACUAAUUGAGGAUUCUCGAAAGUUUGAUGAUCUUAACCACAACAAAUUUAUCGAUGUUUCAAAACCGUCUAGAAACUCCUCAGCUCAGCCAACCGCGACAAGAGGUCGUUUUCAUGCACCAACACGAUCUAGAAACAAGCGAGGAAGAAAAAAAAGACUAAACUUCACUAGUCCAGCAGAUCUCUUUGGCAUUACAAACAAGAGUUGUUCACAUUGCGGGACGAGAAAGACUCCCUUAUGGAGGGAAGGACCGAGAGGAGCGGGUACGCUAUGUAACGCAUGCGGAAUGCGAUACAGAACAGGUCGGCUACUACCCGAGUACCGUCCUGCUUCAAGUCCCGAUUUCAUACCAAACGUUCACUCGAAUUUUCAUCGGAAGGUUAUGGAAAUCAGAAGGGAGAGGAAGUCACCUCCUCCCAAUUAUAGGUUUAUAGAUAGGGACAAACCAUGAAAUCUUAUGUAAAU